AUGGCCCGGUGGCCCGCACCGCCUCCGCCUCCGCCGCCGCCGCCGCCGCUCGCCGCGCCGCCGCCGCUGCCCGGCGCCUCCGCUAAGGGGCCGCCGGCGCGCAAGCUGCUCUUCAUGUGCACCCUGUCCCUGUCCGUCACCUACCUGUGCUACAGCCUGCUGGGCGGCUCGGGCUCUCUGCAGUUCCCGCUGGCGCUGCAGGAGCCCCCGGGAGCCGCGGCGGAGUCCCCGCCAAGCCUGCCAUCUCCGUCGCCGCCGCCUCCCCGCGUGCGCCCCGGAGCCCCCUCGCCGCCGCCGGACAACGCUAGCCGCGGGCCACCGCCCGAGCCCCCGGAGCGCUUUACGACACCCGCGGCCGAAGGCUGGGGACUGGCGAGUGGCGGCGGUGCCCGGGACGCCUGGCCCAGGAACCCGUCUGCCCCUGGAGACACGGUUACGGAGCAGGGAGCGCAGUUGGGGCACGGGGCGCAGGAGCCAGGAGCCGCCGAGGAGCUGGCAGGCCGAAGGGCGGCCAACGCGAGUGAGGAGCGGGGGCCCGCCAGCACCCCUGAUUAUGGGGAGAAGAAGCUGCCCCAGGCGCUGAUCAUCGGGGUCAAGAAAGGAGGGACGCGCGCGCUCCUUGAGGCUAUCCGCGUCCAUCCGGACGUGAGGGCGGUGGGCGUAGAGCCGCACUUCUUCGACAGGAACUACGAGAAAGGGCUGGAGUGGUACAGAAACGUGAUGCCCAAGACAGUGGAUGGGCAGAUAACCAUGGAAAAGACCCCCAGUUACUUUGUGACAAGUGAGGCUCCCAAGCGCAUUCACUCUAUGGCCAAGGACAUCAAACUCAUUGUGGUGGUACGAAACCCAGUGACCAGGGCCAUUUCUGACUAUACCCAGACACUGUCAAAAAAGCCAGAGAUCCCCACCUUUGAGGUGCUGGCCUUCAAAAAUCGGACCCUGGGGCUCAUUGAUGCCUCCUGGAGUGCCAUUCGCAUUGGGAUCUAUGCUCUACACUUGGAGAACUGGCUGCAGUACUUUCCCCUCUCUCAGAUCCUGUUUGUCAGCGGCGAGCGACUCAUAGUGGACCCCGCAGGGGAGAUGGCCAAAGUACAGGAUUUCCUAGGACUCAAACGUGUUGUGACUGAGAAGCACUUUUACUUCAACAAAACCAAGGGAUUCCCCUGCCUGAAGAAGCCAGAAGACAGCAGUGCCCCAAGAUGUUUGGGCAAGAGCAAAGGUCGGACUCAUCCCCGCAUUGACCCAGAUGUCAUCCAUAGACUUCGGAAAUUCUACAAACCCUUCAACAUGAUGUUUUACCAAAUGACUGGUCAAGAUUUCCAGUGGGAACAGGAAGAGGGUGAUAAGUGAGGCUGACAGUAUGGAGGGAAGGCUAAUGAAUAGCAAGGAUACUCUUUACCGGAGUCCCAAAUCCCCCAGGUUCUGAAGCUUCAGUCAUGCUGGAGUACCAAGUAGAUUGCUAGCCUGCUCCAGUCAAGUUACCUCCAAUAUUACAGGCUUAGGCAGAGGUAGAGAUAUCAUGGCUUCCCUGUGGAGGAAGCAACAGUACCUGGUUGACCAGGUGGCCGCCAGAACCCACCAUGAAUAGUAUCUUCUAUUCAUUAAUAGAGUCUGAAAACAGGAUAAGCAUCUUUCGGUGUCACAGACAGAUGCUAUGUUGAUGAGUGGCAGAAAGAGAGAGAGAGAGAGAGAGAGAGAGAGAGAGAGAGAGAAAGAAAGAAAGAAAGAAAGAAAGAAAGAAAGAAAGAAAGAAAGAAAUGUGUACUUUGCAGGAGCUCUUACUAUAGUCUUGGGAGUCUGGAUUCCAGCCUUGUAUUUAAUCCCUGGUAUGUAGACUUCUGCUCUGGCAUCUCUCCAGAACACUAUUUGUGGAUGAGAGCUCCAAGACCUCCAGGGAGCAAUAUCCUCCUUCCAAGGCCUGUCUAGCCUUCCUAUCAAAGGACUCAUCCCACGACCCUUUGACUUCCUCCCUCCCCACAAUGAAGGCAAAGACAUGCACGUAUGUUCCUCACCAAAAAUAAAUAAAUAAAUAAAUAAAUAAAAUAGCCUACACCCCUGGAGCCUUCUAUCUGAGAGCCAUCCAAGGUGGGUCUCUCUCUCCAUGAGUAUUCUAAAUUACAGAGAAACUUAGCAUACAUCCUCACAUUGGAAUAUGGCCCACAUGAAUGCUCCCAGAACAGGGAGACAGCAUCUGUGUUUUGAGCCCUGAGGUUGGCAAAGAUGAAUGCUUGUAACUGUGGUUUACAGAAAAACGCAGUCCUUUUGGUGGGAGGCCCUUACCUAAAGGUCUUUGUCCUUAGGGAUGGUGGUCCUGAGACCACCAUCUCUGGGGGUUAGACUAUGCCCUAGAGGCAAAGACCGGAGCUUGCUUGUUAGCUGUUCUGAGUAACCCUUCUGGAUGCAGAGAGGAAGGGAGCACUCAAUGUUUUUCUAUUUGUCUCACCACUGCCCCCUCAGGGUCACCUCAUGGUUCAUUUUUCUCUACUCAGAGAUGGCAUUUAUUGGGCCAUUGGCAAGAGAGAAGAUUUUCAGUGUGAAGUGGGUGGGGAGGGCAAGGACUGUCUGCAGACAUCCUUUUCAAGGGCUGCCAAAUAAAGUGUCCCUUCCCAUUAGUAUGGUUCAAUUAAAACACAGAAUUUGACAUAAAGCACUUGUUCGCAGAUCUCCAAAGCCAAGAAUUGUAGUAAAAUUGGAAAUUUGUAUGAGCGGGGAGAGUUGAAUCUGUUCAGCUGUUAUUAAACUGUCAUUUCUCCCGCUAAAUGGAAACUGUGUUGUUAUAAAGCUUAAUGCAA